AUGGCCUCCGUCACGGAGUCCCUUGCCGCAAACGGCAAUGGCGCGUGCGCGGCUGCCGCUCCACUGGACGCCCUGCCGGCUGGUCGCGACCGCCCUGCAGCGCUGAUCUCGCCGUCGAUCCUGUCGGCAGACUUUGCCACCCUGGCGGAUGAGUGCAAGCGAAUCGUGGAUCUGGGGGCCGAUUGGCUGCACAUCGAUGUCAUGGACGGCCACUUUGUCCCCAACCUGACACUGGGUGCGCCUGUGGUGGCGUGCCUGCGCAAGCACUCCAAGGCCUUCUUCGACUGCCACCUCAUGGUGUCAGACCCCGCCGCCUGGGUGCAGGACUUUGCAAAGGCGGGAGCUGACAUGUUCACGUUCCAUUUGGAGGCGGUUGCCGACGUGGCCGACCUGAGCGCCAGCUCAGCACACCCUGCAGUCGCCGACCUGGCAAAGGCGGUGCGAGCCGCCGGCAUGCAGGCCGGCGUGGCGCUGAAGCCUUCGACACCGGCGGAGCUGGUGUUCCCCUACAUCGAGGCCGGGCUGCUGGACUUGGUGCUGGUCCUGACUGUCAACCCCGGCUUUGGGGGCCAGAAGUUUAUGGAGGACGCAGUCAGCAAAUGCGCGCCGCUGCGGGCCAAGUUCCCCGGCCUGCACAUUGAGGUGGAUGGCGGCGUGGGCCCUUCGACUAUCGACGCAGUUGCGGCGGCGGGCGCGAAUGUCAUCGUCGCUGGCAGCGCGGUGUUUGGCGCAGAGAGGCCAGGGGAGGUGAUCGCCACGCUGCGCUCUAGCGUGGAGAGGGCUGCAGCUGUAGGCGCUGUGCAGUGA